AUGUUCUCCGGGCGAACCAAUGAUUCGUCAAGGAAGUCUUCUCGUCAGAACGGUUCGGAUACUCCCGCGAGUAUUGGGAUUACGCCAGGGAAUGCAGAAUUAGUAUACGUCGACAACACACCAACUGCAUAUCAACAUUUGGCUGCGUUACUCGAUGAGCUCCGAUUGCGAUUCUUCGCAUUCCUCGACUCGCAGUCGCAAUACCUGCGCUUCAAGCUGGACACCGGCACGGGACUGGACAACCUUCGCGUGUCGCUAUUUGGCUUCGAGGGCGAGUACUCGCUCGUUGCCGAUCCUGCUGGUGGUCUCGUGCACAAAAUCGUUCAGGGCGUUGUGCACGAAAUUCAGGGCGCAGUGGGUGUUAAAUUCAGAGUGACUGAAACACUAGUGGGUGAAAAUCAGUCUGUGAUCACUCGCUUUGGCUGUCUGCACGAGCUGCAAAUACCCAUGAUAUCUUCCGUCGCUCAAGAAGCCCCGGCCUCUCCCGUCAACUCACCACUGGUGCGGAGAUUGGCUGGGGAGAUGGAGAUAGUCGUUGCUUGGGAUCGAAGACAUAAGUAUUUCCCAGGUCAGAAGAUUGCCAUACGCUUCCGACUUACGUGCUGAAUGCAAGCGUGUGGGAGAUCCCUCUCGUGUCUUGUAAUUUAUCCGCUAUUUACUCCC